AUGCCGCCAUUCAAUCCCAUCCUAAGGAAGGCCUACUUUGGCCUAGCAGGGGCCGGGGCGCUGUACGCCGCCUUGAUGCUCUGCUUGACCAAUGUCACCGUUCAGCGCCACGCACUCUAUGCGAACAAGAUAGUCGGCGCCUGGUGGGCUGACCUGGACAAGCCGCAAGCAUACGGUUUUGCAAAGAACCAAGUGACCGCCUUCAACGUCAGCACUCAAGACAAUGAGGUUCUCUACGCCUGGCACGUUCUCCCUCUCAACGUGUAUGAGGAGCACGAAUCCGAGCUCUCACAGGAGCCCUCUGGCUCUCCCGAUGGCGACUUCACCAAGACCAAGGCUUUUGAGCUGCUAGCCAACGAUCCCGAUGCCCGUCUCAUCCUCAACUUCCACGGCAACGCCGGCCACGUCGCCCAAGGCUGGCGCACCGACACCUACCGCGCCCUCACCUCCCAACCCAACACGCACCUCCUCACCAUCGACUACCGCGGCUUCGGGCGCUCCACCGGCGCGCCCACCGAAGCCGGCCUGAUCGCCGACGGCGUCGCUCUGGCGACCUACGCCCUCGAAACCCUCCGCAUCCCCUCCUCACGCAUCGUCAUCGUCGGGCAGUCGCUCGGCACGGCCGUCGCGAGCGCCGUGGGCCUGCACUUCGCGGACCCAUCGACUUCCCUCUCUCUCCUCCCGAACAGCAGCACCAGUAGUCCUCCACACGCAGCCCUCGCCCAGCACAAGGACAAAAACACCCCCAUCGACUUCGCCGCCAUCGUCCUCGUCGCCCCCUUCACCUCGCUCCCCACCCUCCUCGAAACCUACCGCAUCUUCGGCCUGAUCCCCGUCCUCUCCCCCAUCCGCGGCUACCCGCGCUUCGUCAACUACCUGCGCAGCCGCAUCGUCGACACGUGGCCGACGGCGACGCGCAUCAACGCACUUGUCGACGCUACCACAGCAGCCAAGAGGUACCUCCGCCUCCACGUCAUCCACGCCAAGGACGACUUCGACAUCCCGUGGGCGCACGGCCAGAGCCUGUACGACGGCGCGAGCGCGGCCGUCGUCGAGCGGGUCGGCGAUGGUGGCGACGUGAAGGUCGAAGAUGUAGCGGUGCAGGCGGACGGCAAGAACAACAAGUUGACCGGCCGCGUGCGGCGCACGGCGACGGGCGAUGGCGGCGUCGAGGUGCGCAUGGAUCUGCUGCCGUUUGGCGGGCACAACCGCGUCGUCACCUUCGCUCCCGUGACGUUGGCUGUGAGGAGGGCGUUUGACGCUGCUGCGGCUCGUAAAGCUUGA